AUGCGUACAUUGAUUUUGUGGCUUCUCUUUUCUCGCGCAGUUGCAAGCGAUGGUAUAAGCGACUGUGAGGUGAAAGAGGCUGCCGGAUGCAUCGAAGAUAGGGCAGGGGCAGUGCAAGCAGAAUGCUUGCUCCAGAGGUCGUCGCAACGUGGAGACACUUUCAAGUCCCUUGAAGAAGUUGAGCAGCCGUGCCAUGGCUGGUGCGAGGGAAAUUCCGCGCCAUGGACGAAGAAGUGCAACUGGAAAAAUUGUAAGGGUUGUGCAGCGUGCGUGGAACCGGAUGGUUGCUUGCCGCCAACCACGUAUUCAGGUUGGGGCGAUGAAGGUUAUCCUGACAACUUCAAAGGCUGGUAUGAUGUGCAGGGCUGUGGUGAGUGCCAUGACUACUGCCGCUGGGUGGGCGGUUCUGGGUCGGGCGGUGAUCCCAAGGAGAAGCUUACCCACGAGGCCUCUUUUUGGAGUUGCCGGCUUGCAGGAACCUCGGCCAUCCAUUCCCCAAGUGGAGCGUUUCAGUCCUGGAACUUCGACAAGUGUUCGGGUGAGGGUGCGGUCGCGCCGGCGCCAGCGCCUCCAGCGACACCGUAUGUUCCUGGUGCACCCGGCGCUGCCUGGUCCGAGCAAGAGCUGGGUGUCGUGCGAGCCACUAGGUAG